GUGUGUGUGAUGCUGCCAGCAGAUAGAGUGUCCAGUAAAGUAGCCUGCCUGGCUUUGAGUGGCUGAAUGCCUGGUGUCAGGUGACCGGCUCACGCAGUAUCUGCAUUCACUGUCUGCAUUGGGAUCUGGGGAAGGACAGCGGCUGCAGCUCGGGCAGAAAAAGUGUGAUCAGAGCCCGGGGCGACCUACUCCCAGCCUGGGUCACAGCCCCCAACCAUGAACCAAGGACUGCACGGGAAAAUACAGCAACAGGAGGAGGAGGAGGAGGAGGAUGACGAGGAAGAUGACAUAGUGAGAAUCUCAGAUUAUGGGGAGGAAGACCUCCUCAUGGACGAGGACCCGGGGACCAGCGAGGGGGAGGAAGAAGUGCUAGACUUCACUGAUCCAUUCAGCACAGAGGUGAAGCCAAGAAUUCUUCUGAUGGGACUGCGGAGAAGUGGAAAGUCUUCGAUUCAGAAAGUGGUCUUCCAUAAAAUGUCUCCUAAUGAAACUCUCUUUCUAGAGAGUACUAACAAGAUAUGCAGAGAGGACGUUUCCAAUAGCUCGUUUGUGAACUUUCAGAUAUGGGAUUUUCCUGGACAAAUUGAUUUUUUUGAUCCAACAUUUGAUUAUGAAAUGAUUUUCCGAGGAACAGGAGCGCUAAUAUUUGUGAUAGAUUCACAGGAUGAUUAUAUGGAGGCCCUGUCUAGGUUACACCUGACUGUCACCAGUGCCUAUAAAGUGAACCCAGAUAUUAACUUUGAGGUCUUUAUCCAUAAAGUGGAUGGCUUGUCAGAUGACCACAAAAUAGAAACUCAGAGGGAUAUCCAUCAGAGAGCAAAUGAUAAUCUUGCAGACUCUGGCCUGGAGAAGAUCCAUCUCAGCUUUUAUCUCACCAGCAUAUAUGACCAUUCGAUCUUUGAAGCAUUCAGUAAGGUGGUACAGAAGCUGAUCCCACAGCUCCCAACACUAGAAAACCUCUUGAACAUCUUUAUAUCUAAUUCUGGGAUAGAAAAAGCAUUCCUGUUCGAUGUAGUCAGUAAAAUCUACAUAGCAACAGAUAGCACUCCAGUGGAUAUGCAAACGUACGAGUUGUGCUGUGAUAUGAUUGAUGUUGUCAUUGAUAUAUCUUCUAUUUAUGGGCUGGUAGGUGCAGGAACACCCUACGACAAAGAAUCUUUGGCCAUCAUAAGACUAAACAACACAACUGUUCUGUAUUUGAAAGAGGUGACAAAAUUCCUAGCACUUGUUUGCUUUGUUCGAGAAGAGAGUUUUGAAAGGAAAGGUUUAAUAGACUAUAAUUUUCAUUGCUUCCGCAAAGCAAUUCAGGAAGUGUUUGAUGUAAGAGUGAAAGUACUGCGCUCUCGCAAACAUCAGAAUCAGAUACGGAAUAGCAGACGGGCAGCAACCAACGGUAAAGCGAGAGUCCCACCUUAAGUGCAGCAUAAUACUCUGGUUGAACAAGUCCAAAAACUGUGUCCAAAAAAAAAUUAAUACUGGACCUUCAUGGACUGAUUUAUACAAACGAGGUGACAUUACAUAAAGAUUAAUGCGAUCUAUGUGGCUGUGGGUUUAGAGGGUGCUUAACUUAUAUUAGAAAUAUGCACUUUCAACUUUGUAAAAAUAUAUGGUCCCCUACCUGCUUUUCUUGAAACUGGACACUGUGAUAACCAUCAAGAGGUCCCAUCGGCUGAGACAUUUUUUUUUAAACUGGAUUAGCUUUACAUAGAAUGAACGCUGAUUGUUUCCAUUUCGUUUGGUGAGAAAGUAAAGAAAAAGAAUCUGGUACAAGAAGAAUGAUUUGUAAGCACUUUUCCUUUUCUCUAAUUGAUGAACAGCACUAAAAAUGGUUGAAAAAUGCACAGUUGGACUCCUCAGUCACUUUAUAUCUCUCAUCAGAAAGGUACAAAAAUUAAAUAGAAAGGAUAUGGAUGAAGAUUCUCGAUGCAGCAAACCGUAAGGCUGUUUUGGUCGAUAAAUAAAUCACAUGUAAGGCAUUUCACAGUAUUGGAGAACACCAUCAAUGCUCAGCUCAAGAUGUCCAAUAUUACAUUUUUGGUCGGAUCUCUACCUACCAAGAACAGUUAUAGUGAAGAGAUCAGCACUUAGUAUAGGUUUGGUGGAUGAAGGUUUUCAGACUCCCUGUACUUUUUCCAACAGUAAAUGAUGGAGUCAUAUCACCAGACUUAUGCAAAUAGAAUAUUUAUCCCUCCAAGUGUGGACAUGGCAUCAUUUCAUUCCCCAGUGAGGUCUUUGUCAGGCUCCACAUACAAGGAAAGGUCUAGAAGCAUCUCCCAUGGUUCUUCAAGCACAAUAUCCACUCAAAAAUGUAAUAUUAGAAAAUAGAGUGUUUGUAAAAUUUUCUUUGCAUGGUUGAAAGUUUAAAGAUCAUUCUGGGAAAACUUUUGUUUAAGGGUUGGUUGUCAUGUAGAACUCUUCCUUGUUUUUGCCGUAUAAUGUUUUAUAUAUUUAUUUAUUUAAAGUAGACAAUAUGCAGUCAGAUGAGAUCAAAGAACAUAAUAGCAAAACAGUACAAAGUAAAUUCUCAAAAAAAGAACAAUAUAAUAAUAUAUGAAUCUUAAAUAGAUAUUUUCAAUGCUGGAUACCUGGUAUAACUAUUUUGGUACUCCUUAUCAGAUUCUCAGGCCAGGUGUGUCAUACGUGGAAAAUUAAAACAUUUGAAAAAAAAAAAUACACCCGACUAGAAAAGAAGCAUUGUGGAGAAGUAACGAAGGUAAGUUGAUCCAAAACUAAAAGAGUGAAAAGUGAAUAAGGCUCAAUAAUCUGAGAACGAUGGAAUGGGGAGCAAGGAGGGGACUAAUUUUGUAAGGUAUUAUAUGUGAAUUCGUCCACAGUGAUCAGAGAGCUAAAAACUUUGGAUAUGUAUGAGUGGGAGUAGCUGUGAUAUGUACUAUGGUGAAAAUUAAACAAAUUUUGUUUUGGAUGUAUUGUAUAGUAGUGUUGGACGUUUUCCAAUAUUUAGCAAUUCUUUUGCGAGUUGCGGUGAACUAAUUUACGCCAGGUUUGAGGUAUGUAUGGGUCUUUAAGCUCCCUGUUCAGUAGACUGGUCCAAGGGUCUGAAGUAAUUUCAUUUUUUAAAAUAUUGCUGAGAACAUGGAAGGUCCAGGACUAUAUUGGAAUUAUUAAAGGGAAUGUCCAACGCAUGUACAUUAAUGUCCCCUUUUGCAAUAACACCUAGGCGAAAAGGAAGGGUAUAUGUGAUCUACUUUUGUCAGGUAUAAACACUAUCUAGAAUGAAUGUCAUUGCAACUCUCCCUGAUGUAACUAGAAGAAGUAGCGAUAAUCUGGUCCCAAUCCUCCUCCAGCAUUUCUCUCUUGUUCUGCUCCUGUUGGGAUCUAUAAAAGGGUUAUAAGGGUACCGUCUUCCAACAAAGUGUGCA